GGGCAAUAUGAAUGUUCUAUUUUGUUACAUCAACACAUUAAACAUAUUCUAUGAUAUAUCGGUUGUGGAAGUAGGUCAACAUUUCUAUUGGCAAAUAGGGGAUUUUCAAGUGCAUGCUCAAGUACUUAUUACCUCUUGGGUUGUAAUUGCUAUCUUAUUAAUUUCAACCAUUCUAGUUGUUAGAAAUCCGCAAACUAUUCCCACAUCUGGUCAGAAUUUCUUUGAAUAUGUCCUUGAAUUCAUUCGAGACGUGAGCAAAACUCAGAUUGGAGAAGAAUAUGGUUCAUGGGUUCCGUUUAUUGGAACUCUGUUUCUAUUUAUUUUUGUUUCGAAUUGGUCAGGGGCCCUUUUGCCUUGGAAAAUUAUAAAGUUUCCUCAUGGAGAGUUAGCUGCACCCACAAAUGAUAUAAAUACUACUGUUGCAUUAGCUUUACUUAUGUCAGUAGCCUAUUUCUAUGCGGGUAUUUCAAAAAAAGGAUUGGCCUAUUUUGGUAAAUACAUCCAACCAACGCCAAUCCUUUUACCGAUUAACAUCUUAGAAGAUUUCACAAAACCCUUAUCACUUAGUUUUCGACUUUUCGGAAAUAUAUUAGCGGAUGAAUUAGUAGUUGUUGUUCUUGUUUCGUUAGUACCUUUAGUAGUUCCUAUCCCUAUUAUGUUCCUUGGAUUAUUUACAAGCGGUAUUCAAGCUCUUAUUUUCGCUACUUUAGCUGCGGCGUAUAUAGGUGAAUCCAUGGAAGGGCAUCAUUGACUAGUUAUGAAAAUAGGAUUUUAGACCGCGACAAAGUAUGUAUGGCUCGCGAUAAUCUACUUAAGGAACAAAAAGAUAAAAAUCCAAAGAAAUUUGGAAAAGUUUUCAUAACAAUCAAAAAGUAUAAAUAAAAUAAAAAACAAUUACCAGGGAAUUAAACAAAAAAUAGAGAUUCAAUUCAAAAAAGGGUGAGGGGGUCGAACUAGGCGUAUAUAUAAUCUAAUCGUUAUAAGACAGCUGGGGGAUUUCCAAGAAUGAUUCUCGAAUACGAUUGAAUCGAAGAUACAACGAAUUGGUUUACGGUAUGGAACAAACACAUGUAUAUGUCAUAGUAGAUAUUCAUUAGUUAUAGAUGACUAUCUAUCUAAAUUUGUCUUGCUACUACUCUAAAUUUAGGUAGGGAUUCAAAAAAAAGACCACUUCCAUCUCUUGUAAUUGUGAAUUGAAUAUAAAAUGAAAUCAAAGAAAAAGGAAGGUUUAAAAUAAAUGUAAGAUAAGACCAAAAAUUGUCUGUAUUCACAAAAAACUACAAGGGUAGAAACGAAAAGAGUAAAUAUCGAAAUAAUUGAGAUAAUUCAAUCAAAAUUAUUCCGUUUGAAAUUUUGAAUUACACUUCGACUAGAGAAAGAUAACUAGGAAGAAUGAAAUAAUUAAGUCAUAUAUUUUUUGUUGAUUAUAUUAUUAACUAUUUCUUAAUUUUAUUUGGAAUAGGAGAAACUUAUCAUGAAUCCACUGAUUGCUGAUGCUUCUGUUAUCGCUGCUGGGUUGGCCGUCGGGCUUGCUUCUAUUGGACCUGGAGUUGGUCAAGGCACAGCUGCAGGGCAAGCUGUAGAGGGGAUUGCGAGACAACCGGAAGCAGAGGACAAAAUACGGGGUACUUUAUUACUUAGUUUGGCUUUUAUGGAAGCUUUAACUAUUUAUGGGCUGGUUGUAGCAUUAGCGCUUUUAUUUGCCAAUCCUUUUGUUUAAUAUUUAUAAAAAAAUACAUAUUGUUUUUUUUUCAUGGAUUUUCGUUGCUGCUCUUGCUAAUUCGAUUUCGAUUUGACUCCUACAAUUUUUUUUUCAUUCAGAUUAACAUAUGGAUUUGCCUUCUUCCGUCCCUUUCUUUAGUCCAAUGACCCCCUUUUUUAUUUAGAAAGUGUUGAAAACAACUAAGUAUUUACUUCUAAGAAUUAUAAUUCUUAUAGGGAAUCUUUCAAUUGACUAACCAAUUCAAAAUAUAGAAUAGUCUUCUUAGUAUAUUUUUAUUCUUACUACUAUUCAUUAUUAGUAAGAAUAAAAAUAGAAUAAGUCGAUAUAUUCAUAUUCAAUAAUUCGAUUAUAGAAUAAACUAUCAUAUACAAAAACGAAUAAAAAAAACUUGGAAUCGUAGAAAGAAAAUUAGUCUAUCCAUAAGAGGAGAUGCGAUCAUAUGCAAAAUAUAACCGACGGAAGUUUCGGGUUUGAUACCGAUAUUUUAGCAACAAAUCUAAUAAAUCUAAGUGCAGUGCUAGGUGUAUUGAUUUUUUUUGGAAAGGGAGUGUGUGCGAGUUGUUUAUUUCAAAGAAUAGAUUGGAUCCACCCAACUGCACUUUUUUUGUUAUAACUAGAAAAAUGUGCAUGAUCCGGCGAAUGACUUAUUACUAAAUAACGAAAAAAGUAGUUAAGAACCAUAGCAUUUCGCGAUUCAUUGGUAAAUCUACUUUGAUUCUCUAUCAACCAAGAAUUUUGGAACAUUACUAUGGUUAAAGCUAACGAGUUUGAAGUUUCGACGCAGUCUAGUAUUCUUUCUACCACUAUGUUAAUAGGGAAAUUAGAAUUUUUUUCGAUAUAGAACACUCAUGUCGAUAAAAUCACUUGAAUUCUCUUUAUGAUGAAAAAUAGGAAAAAAGGUGUUUUGUUUAACGCCUCCGUUUCUACUUUUCUACAAUGCGAAAUUGAUGACCUACGUAUAAAUUAAUAAGAAUUCUUUGGAUUUCAAGAAAAAAAACAACUUUGCUGACAAUUUUUGUUUGGUCAGAAGAGUCCUCCCAAUAUUUGGGUCUUGUAUUGAUAAUCAUUUUCAAUAUUUUUAGAAAUAGAGAAAAGAGGAUAGGCUCAUUCCAUAAUAAAUAUGGGGAAAUUUCCUAUAAGGAAUUGAGUGUGAGAGCCAAAUGAAUUGAAAGAUUCAUGUUUGGUUCGGGAAGAGAUCAUAGACAUUUUGAAAUGAAUGGAAAGAGAAUCUACUUUCAUUAAGUGAUUUAUUAGAUAAUCGAAAACAGAGAUUCUUGAGAACUAUUCGAAAUUCAGAAGAACUCCGGGAAACAGCCAUUAAACAGCUGGAAAAAGCCCGGGCCCGUUUAAGGAAAGUAGAAAUGGAAGCAGAUCGGUUUCGAGUGAAUGGUUAUGCCGAGAUAGAACGAGAAAAAUUGAAUUUAAUUAAUUCAAUUUAUACAAGUUUGGAACAAUUCGAAAAUGACAAAAAUAAAACCAUUCAUUUUGAACAACAAAGGGCGAUUAAUCAAGUCCAACAAAGUGUUUUACAACAAGCAUUACAAGGAGCUCUGAGAACUCUUAAUAGUUGCUUAAACAACGAGUUACAUUUACGUACGAUCGGUGCUACUAUUGGUAUGUUUGGGUCGAUGAAAGCAAAAAAUAACUGAUUAGUUGUUCUACUAUAGAACUGAUUAGUUGUUCUACUAUAAUAGAGAGUAUAGGGAAGACUUAUUUUUGUUUUUCUUCGAAAAA